AUGGCUGUAGCUGUUAAUGGUUUUUUGACAGAGCAGAGCUAUAACCCUGAGGCAUAUGAGGAACUGAUGGAAUUCUUGGGUAGACACUCUUUGAAUGAUGGGGAUAAGUUUUGUGCCGACUUGAUGCGAGAAUCUUCGCGGCAUAAAACUCUAGCCUUGCGCAUAUUAGAGGUUCGAUCUGCAUAUUGCAAGAAUGAUUUUGAGUGGGACAAUCUAAAGCGGUUAUCAUUUAAGAUGGUAGAUGAAUCUAACACAAGACUUAUGAGGGAUUAUGUCUUAGAAACUAGUCAUGAGGAAAGAGAAAAGUGA